ACUGACGUUAUCUCGUACCGCCCUUAUACAGUGUUCCUCCUUGCAGAUUAUGAUAAUGGUCGUCCUAAUCCUGAUGGUAGAAUAAGUUUUAUUUUAUUCCAAACAAUAGCACUCAGUGUUAUCCGUGGUGACAAUUUAGAUUCUGUUGGGGGGGAGGGGGAAACGUUGGACGUUUGA